AUGCCACCAAAGUUUGGCCGGCGUGCGGGAGGGGUGGACAGUGGCAACAUCGACGAUGCCGCUGCUGGUGUUUUAUCCCAAAAAAUUGCUACUGAAGCUGAUAGGCAGCGGCUGCCGGAUGAGGUUGUGUACAAGGAUAAGCUUCACAACCUUGACGACGGUGUUGACGGGCAGGCGCACGAACAGACUGCUCGCCAGGCUGUGGAGGAGAAGGAACAGCUUGUCAAGCGUAUCGCAGAAGCGCCUGUGGGUUACACCCACGUGAUGCCCAAACUCGCUGAAUUAGACCUGUCAAGUCUGUGGAACGACUUUCUGAGUACUAUUCAUCAGGACUUUGACAUCUCCGCACUCACCUCCUGUCUCUCACAGCAGCUAGAUGAUGAAGAUGUGACGUGGAACCCGGAUAUGCUGCUUGUGCAGCUGACAUCGGACAUGUUGGAUGCUGCUGAAAGUGGCGACAAUGCCCCACUUGCUUCUGACCCUGCAGCACUGGAGGCGACUAGCGAGGCACGACGGCAACAUAAGAAGUUUCUGGAGAAUGCCGACGAGGUGAUUGCGCCAACGCGGGGUCGCCGACACCGAUCUUCCGCCGGGGUGGAAGGACAGGCAACGCCAGAAAAUGCGUCACACAUUCCUUUCUCAAGGGAGGCGGGUGAGAUGGCUUCUUCAGAACACCCAGAGAAGCAUGCUGAGCGGACGCUCAGAAAAGAGAGCCACCGCAACGACAGAGAGCUACGGGCAAAGGACCCUACUGUGGGUGCUGCCCCAACUGAUCGUUCAACACGAGCCAAUGCUCCACUAGCUGGAGACGCAAAUCGAAAGACAUCGGAGAAGAAAGCAAAGGAGAAGGGAUCUCGUACACGCAGGUCGGUAUCUGGUAGGAGUGACUUGCCAACCAAGGCGGAGAAAAAAUAG